CCAAUUAUCAAAACCAUUGGUUUAGGCCUUGGAAUCUUAAUCUGGGGAUCAUUUAAUACCUUAACUGGCUGGGCAAGCUCAAGGUAACACAAAACAAUUUCAACUAAGAUUCUCUACACUGAUGUAAGGCAAGUCCUAGGGAUUGGGUUAGCUGAGAGGAAUACCCUGAUUUUUACCCUCACAGAGAUUACAGCUGGUAAGACAUACACGUGAAAUAUGCUACUUUUAAUUAUUAUUUGCCCUAAAUUCUAAUAUCUGAUCUAGAUAUUUGGUUAAGAUACAGUAAGGAAUUAUCUCCUUGGAACAGAAGAAGGAAGAGAGGAAGGGAACUGAUGUGUAUUUUCCCUUUUUACUGUGUGACAAUUUGCUGGACCUGUUAUAUGCAUCAUUCUCCUCUCAUUUUCACAAACAUGAGGUUUGGCUGGUUUGGAAUGGACGCAGAAGAAGUAUCAAAACCGGUGCUGAAUUAUGUUGGAGCUGGAUUAUCAGUAGUGAGUGCUUUCAUAUUUUUGUUCAUCAAAAGUGAAAUACCAAAUAGCACGUGUUCUGUGGACGCCACGCCAUUAAUGACGGAUCAUGUGAUCAACAACACUCAAGAUUCCUGCCCUGAUUAUUCCUGGGUGGAUAAACUUUCCACAGUACAACAGCGCACAGUGGGCUGCAGUCUUGCAGUGAUAUCUGGAAUACUCUAUGGGUCUACAUUUGUGCCCAUCAUUUAUAUCAAGGACCACAGCAAAAAAAAUGACAGCGUAUAUGCAGGGGCAAGCCAGUAUGAUUUAGACUACGUUUUUGCACACUUCAGUGGCAUCUUUUUUACAAGCACAGUCUAUUUUCUGGCCUACUGUAUAGCCAUGAAAAAUAACCUUAAGUUAUACCCUGAAGCAGUCUUGCCAGGAUUCCUGUCAGGAGUUCUUUGGGCAAUAGCCACCUGCUGUUGGUUCAUAGCUAAUCAUGCUCUCAGUGCUGUGGUCAGUUUUCCAAUAAUCACUGCUGGCCCAGGAUUUAUAGCUGCAAUGUGGGGUGUCUUCAUGUUUAAGGAAAUACAGGGUCUACAAAACUACCUAUUGAUGAUAUUUGCAUUUUUCAUCAUCUUGAGUGGAGCAUUAUGCACUGCUUUCUCUAAACUCUAACAAUACAAGACUGGCAGAUGGCAGCAGUGGGUAAGAACCCUGCUGCAGGGCUCCGAGUGAUCAUGCUGAGAAGAGAGUUCAUUUUCUUACAGCAAAUGGAUCUCAACCCGUCUUGGACUGGAUAAAUGAUUUUUUUUUUUUUUCCACAAAUGUGAGAAUAAAGGAAAACUAAGUUUCGGUCAAGUAUAAAAAUGGAAAAUUCUUCUAAUGAACUCUUUAUGAUGGUAGGACUUUACGGGGUGACGAAAAUGUCCACCUUACAGUAUUACAGCUGAGAGUGCUCCUUUUACCACAAUAUUGCUCGGUGUUGCAUAAGCAGCAAAACAGUGUGGAGUUCAUCUACACAAAGAAUUUUGUGUAUAUGAAAGUUUCCAACAUAUUACCAAGUUUCCAACAUAUUACCCUCGUUAAUGAAGAGAGGCAGAAAAAUGUUGGGGAGAGAAAUGGGGAGAAGACCUUACCUUAUAAUGGAAUUAGAUUCCAAAGCUAUCUAGAUCCUUGGCCAGAAAAAGUAAACGUCAGAGUCGGUAACUGAAUAUGAAAAAGGCCAUUUCAUUUUUUGCCCAAACUUAUUUUUACUUCAAAUUAAUAUUGCUCAACUCUACGUCACCCCCUCAUCUUAGCUCAAAAUGCUUUUGAUUAUCUCCAGAUAAAAUCCAUCUUCAGAGAACAAAAAUUUCCAACCAUUGAGAAUAUGUGUAUAAUACAUAUACAGACAUAUACAGUUACACGUAAAUAUACACAUAUAUGUCUGUAUGAUUCCAAACUUGGGGGAAAUUCUAGAGUUGCUAUAGUGAGGGUCUAGCUUAUUAGAGUAAGAAUUUGCAGGGACCAAACACUUCUUUGUAUGUAAAAUUUAUUUUUUUUUUCUGAAAUACACUUUUCUAAAAUCCCUUUUUAAACUGGAAGUUUUCUUCCACUUUUAACUGGUGGUUUCCAUUAGGGAAAAAAAAAUAAUGGACAUGUUAUUUUUAUAUAUAUAUUCAAAAGAGACAGAAUACCACUAACCCGAAUGGGUUUCAUCUUCAUUGUAUGACUUUGAAGAAGUUCCUGAGCCUCCUGUAUCAGAUUCCUCAUCUAUAAAAUGGACAUAAUGAUAAUGAUAAUGUUAUUGUAAGGUUCAGAUUAAUUAAAAUCUGUAACAUGUUCAUGGGUAUCUGGCACUUGGCAAACAUUGUAUAAUUCUUAGCUAUACUUGUUAUCUACUGUUUGAGAAAGAAAAUGUGUCUAUAGAUUGGAGAAUAUUUUGUAAGAGCUAUGCCCUCACCACCAACCCAUCUAAACAACUAAUUAUUAUUCAUUCCUCUAUUUGAGUGCAAUUUAAGUAAUGAUACUGGAUUCUCUAUUUCAUUAUUGAAUUCUUUGUAACACCUUACCAAAACUCAUUUUAAUUUUAACCUGAAAUAUUAUGUUGAUAACUUUAAAUAAAUUGACAUGACACAAAAGCUA